GUUUCGUUAAAAUCGUGCGAAGCAAAUACCAAAAUGGUAAACGUACCCAAACAGCGCAGGACUUACUGCAAAAAAUGCAAAGUCCACAAGACCCACAAAGUGUCUCAGUACAAGAAGUCCAAGGAAAGGCACGCUGCCCAGGGUAGGAGACGUUAUGACCGCAAACAACAAGGUUACGGUGGUCAGUCAAAGCCCAUCUUCAAAAAGAAGGCUAAGACCACCAAGAAAAUUGUACUCCGUCUUGAGUGUGCCGACUGCAAGGUGAGGUCACAGGUUGCGCUGAAGCGUUGCAAGCACUUCGAGCUGGGAGGAGACAAGAAGAGGAAGGGACAGAUGAUCCAGUUCUAGGCUGACCACUAAUAAAUAAGAUAAAACU